AUGCCGGUGACCGCGCGUCCCUCCAUUUCGGCAAGGAGGAAAUCCUCGACCCGUCUGUUGAUGGAACCUCUUCAAGUUCGUGCGGGUGGCUCGGGCUUAGGUGGUGCCUCGCAGGGUGCCUCGCAGGGUGCCUCGCAGGGUGCCUCGCAGGGUGCCUCGCAGGGAGCUUACACGGACCAUCCCGACGACGACGACUAUUCCACCGGUCGUAGAUCGGCUCGUCGACCUUCGACGUUGCAGCAGACUUUACAUACGAGCUUAUUACCCAUCCGAAGGAAACGAGGGAGGUGCAGAUGCUUGGCUAUCGUGAGUCGCGAAGUCCCGUGAUCGAGCCGUGAUCGGCGGGUCGUUUCGCCAAGCUGGGGGCUGACCUCACCGCGCUUGGUGACUUAUCCGUCAAUUCCUAAUCGGCCGCAUCUUCUUCGGGCAGAUGGCCACCUUUCUUGCAACACUCACUAUGAUUAUUGUGACUGUGAUAAGACCGCAACAUGAUCCAUCCGGUCCUCGAUCCAAAUUGGCGCAACCCUUCGUCGCCGGCUUGAAGAAACUUCAAGACUCGGCAACCCAUUUCGUCGAUUCCAGUCGAAUCUGUCCCCCACGGCCCCCACCCUGCCCAACAUGCCCCAAACCCAUCGUCGUCAAUGCGUCCGUGGACAAGCACGCCACUGCGAACUGGAGACCAGGGUUGGUCGUCGAAGAAACGGAAGAACGGUUAAGAGCGGAGGGUCAGCCGGUUUUGAACCAAAAGCACGUGCAGGAGAUUGAGGACGGGUGGAAGUUACACGAGGAUGAUAUAGGACGGGGGAAUAAUGAUCAAGGGUAUUCGGAACCUUUAUACCCGCCGGUAGAAGGGUAUGGAGCGCUGAGUCGAUCGGAUAAUCCGUGGAGGGAGAGGUUCCUCGUUCCGACGUAUGCUUGCAACGAGCAGGUGAGCUUCCGAUCCGGGUGCCAAGGGAUAAUUCUGGAGGUGCUGAAGUUUUCGUUCAUCACAGGAAACGGGGAGCCAAAUACACGUUCGUCAGUUAUUGCACCUGGCCAAGGCGCUGAAUCGUACGCUGGUUUUGCCGAAUUGGGGUUUUGGAGUGAGUGUCGAGGGCGCGCCCACGAACGAGACACAAGCCGCUGUAGCUGAAUCCUGUUGUUCAUUCCGUAUCUUUGAAGAUCCCUACGGUCUCGUGAGUCAAUCUCUGUGCCUCCGAAACGAUGCUAAAACCCUUCGUUGACAUGUAUUCUUCCGCUGCGCAACCAGAAACUGUCGACCGUACUCGUUCGACACGAUCUACGAGACCGAAUCGACCAACAGCGUCGGAUUGUGGUCCAUCACUUAUCCAAGAUGGAUCAAGUACAUCCGCAACUCGGAAAGAAAGUUUAAUGCAAGGUGAGGUUCGGAAAGCUUCUGAACGACACGCGCAGGAACGUCACACUGAGCUGCCUCAAUUCAUUUCUUCGCUCUCUUAGAAUCAGCGUCAUCUUUUUUCGCAAUACGCACAAGGUUCUAUCCGAGACGAUUGGAAUCGAUGACGCCACAACACUGAAGGAUGCAUGCGUCGAUCCUGAACCUUUCGACAUCUCGGACCCCCCUAUCUACGUCGCGACGAACCAAGAUACGACGCUCUCGUACAUGGUCCGACAUUUGCGCGAAACCGAUAACCUCUCAACGCUCUUCGUUCACUUUAAUCACUACUCGGACAUUCGGAUCGCCGAUGGGAAACCUUUCCCUGAUCCCUUGUUGCAAGUUCGCCCGAAGGAAUGGGGGUUCUGGGUUGGUGCUGCUUGGCCUCAGGUACGCAGUGAACUUUGGAUCGGUCUUGGCAUGAAGAGACCGUCACUGAUCACCUUCCGACGUUUAGUGGAAUUACUCUACCCAAGUCCAACAGAUGUUCCGCACGGCCCAAGCCCAUCUCCCCAAGCAAUACGGCGGAGUCCAAUGGCGCAUGGAACUGAUUGGCCCCUCAGUCCUGAAGAACUGUUCGAACCUUUUCGCCGAUUCGGUCAUCGAAGGCAUGCGUCAACGUGGUUUGAAAACGAUUUACAUCGCCUCCGACAUGCCAUUAACAACUCAACGCAAGAAUUCGAAAUCCGCUUCCUUCAAUUGGGACAAAGUUCUCCAAGCGAAAGAAGCGCUCGAUAACCUCGUUGAGCGAUUAAAGGGGGCGCAUUUGUCGAUCAUGACGUGGAACGAUAUCAAACCUUCUCCGAACGCUCGAGACGUUAUUGAAGGUCUGGCGGAUACGGCGAGUGGGAUCUUUGAUAAGUUGGUCCUGGGUCAAUCGGAGAGGCUGUGGGCAGCGAAUCCGCAUUGUGGGAUGCAUAGUUCGUUCUUGGUAAGACUCACCCCCCAUCGUCCCCGCCACCACCACCAUUCACUCAUGAUACUUACCCUUAUUGUUUUAUUUCCUUCAGGGAACCCUCCAGAUCUUACGCCAGGACCGAAUCGGGGAUCCGACGGAAGAGGAUUGGGAAAAGCUGGGGAUCAGUUGGAUUGGCGAACCGAUCAAGCAGAGGUUUUGGUGGCAUAUCAAGGGUGGGCAGAAGGAUUAUACCGGGUAG